AAACAACGAGUUUUGAAGAAAUCGAAAUCGUACGCAGACCGAUUUUAUGAAAAAUCCAAAGCUAAUUCAAGUCUUGUACGAAUAAUGGUGUUUGAAUAAACCUAUCCAACAGAAACAAGAAAGAUGUUGAUUGAAGAAAUUGAAAAAUUAAAAGAUUGGUUGUCAACGACUCUUGCUCCAAUAUGUGAGGCAGAACCUGCUGCCCUGGCCAAAUAUGUGGUAGCCCUAAUAAAGAAAGACAAGCCACGGUUAGAGCUCAAAGACAGCUGUUUAGAGCAGUUGGAUGUAUUCCUUCAGUCAAAAACAAAAGAGUUUGUGGAGACACUGUUUGAGGUGUUGGACAGCAAAUCAUACAUUGUUGCUGAUGAGAAGACCCCUACACAAGAUGAGAUCAGUCCUGCUGACCCAGAAGGGAUCGCCACCCCAGAGCCGUCACAGUUGGCAACUCUCCCAGACUCCCUCCCUACAACAUCAUCAGAUCAACUGGUUUCAUCCACAUCAAAGUCAGAUAUUCUUAAAAGAGAUGAGGAAAUCAAAGAGGCAUUUCCCAUCGGAGAGAAAAGACGUCGCUCAAGAAGCAGAUCUAUUUCUCCAAGAACAUCCCGUCCAAGGGAAGAUGAGAGGAGACGGUUUGAUGAGAGGAGAUUAGGGUACAACAGGGCUUUCCCUCCCCGCAGACGUUCAACAAGCCCCCGUUCUAGAGGACCUCGUUCCCGAUCUCCAUUCAGACGGCGUUCCCCGUUCAGACGCCGCUCGAGUCGCAGUCCUCCUCCCCGAGGGCGGGGCUGGGGAAGGUCAAGAUCACGUAGCUGGUCAAGGUCACCAAGGAGAUCACCUAGGUUUUCCAGAAGUAGGUCACGGUCACCAGGUGGGCGCUUAAGGUCAAGGUCACCAAGACGAGAGGUCCAUGCUAGGUCUCCUAGGGGACGAUCCCCAUUUAGACGCUCAAUAUCUCCGAGAUUUAGGUCAAGAUCACCCCGACGUAGAAGCCAUUCUUUGUCUCCAAAAAGGUCAAGAUCAGGGUCACCUGCAAGAAAAGUGCGGCGACAGAGCCAGGACAGUCGAGGGCCUACCCCUACACUUGAGGAAGGGCUGGCAGACAGCACCAAUGAUACCACAGAUGAUAAACUUAGCUCCAUUGCCGUUGUUUCUACGGGGGCCGCUAGGUACCCAGAACAGCAGGGCAGAAUCAGGAUGAGAUGUAAAGACUAUGAUGAGAAGGGAUUCUGUGUUCAGGGUGACCUGUGCCCAUUUGACCAUGGGAAUGAUCCAGUGAUUGUUGAGAACAUUCCUCGGUUUAUGCCACCCCCUCCACCUCAUCUAGGGGGCCCUCCCCCACCCCCUCACAUGAACAUCCCACCCCCAGGGUUUUUCUCCAACAGGCCACCAGCUCCACACAUACACAUAAGACCAGAUUUCCAUCAGGAACCAUAUAACCCAGAGGCUCCUGGGAUAUCCAGACCCAGACCCAGUGGGCCCCCGACGUACUGGCCAGGGGGACCAGAGGGAAUGCCCCCCUUCAUGAAACCCCCACCCCCACAGAUGGUGCGCACAGAUGACCAGCAGCGACUGCCAGUACAUGCCAGGCUGGGAAACAGGGAACUCGUGAAUCUCACAGUUAAAAGGAAUGUAAAUGAUGAUGAUGAUGAAGAGGACUCAGCACCAUCUUCGUCUUCGAGAACUGUGAUAGCCCCAAAAGAUGAGCCUCAGGUGCCUGGGGAGUCUGACCCCCAGCCUGCACCCCCGGGAACAUUUCAACCCAUGGGGCACGGUCCUGGCCCAGCACAGAACAACUCCUUCCAGCAACAACGAUUCCACCCUUAUCAGAGAUUCCCAGGACCGAGGAAACCUUUUGACCAUAACAGAGGUUACCGUCCCCCAGAUAAGAGUAACUGUACACUAGAAGUGAGGAAGAUACCACCAGAGUUCAACAACAUUGCUAAACUGAAUGAACACUUUGGCAAGUUUGGAACACUCACAAACCUUCAGGUGAAGUUUGAUGGUGACCCAGAAGGAGCCCUUGUCUCGUACAAUAAUAACCAGGAAGCCCUGGCCUGCUACAAGUGUCCAGACCCUGUCUUCAAUAACAGGUUCAUCAAGGUCUUCUGGCACCAGAAAAACAAGGAUAACAAUUCUCAGGAUUCCUCCCAGGUGUCGACAACAAGCAUGCCCGGGGGAGGAGGGAUGGGUGACAUGAUCCCGAAGCCCCGUCAGUUUAUCAUCCCCCCAGCUUCAAAACUAUCUCUCAACAACAAUUUGAGGAGGAAACCUGCCGAGGCUGCCAGCACUGAGGUCGAUCUUGAGACAGAUCUCCCAGAGAAAACUCCACAGCCUACCACAGUAUACACAUCAUCAGUGGGUGUGGUGAGCAAGCCCAAUGUUCCGCCGUCUGUCUCCCCUCUGGCUCAUGCAGCCCUCAAGGCCAAGGCUGCUGCCCAGCAGGCCAUGGUGAGCCCAACAGCAGUAGGGGCAGCAAACUUUGUCUCCCGCAUGGAAAAGGUGAAACAGAUUGAAGCCAUGAAAAAGGAAGCUGCAUUGAAGACCCUAGAGCUGACAAAACGUAAACAUGAGGUACUGGAGAAACAGAUAGAACAGCAGAAGAAACUCAUAGCUACACUCGAACACAACAAAGACAUGAAAGAACCAAACAAGAAGGCCAUUAUGGAGACUCUGAAGACCCUAUCUAACAGUAUAGACAAGUUGAAGACAGAGCUGGGCGGUCACCGCAGCCCUAUGGUUGGUGUUAAAUCCCCAGAACAGGCAAAGAAGGAGAUUCUAGACGUGGAGCUUGAGCUCAUGACCAAGUCCACCAGUGGAGAGGAUACUGCCGAUCUCAAGAAGAAAUUGGAUGAUCUCACAAAAAUUGCUAACUCCAUGGGUCUGCUAGGUCGUGGACGAGGGCGUGGUGUAGUAGCAAGGGGUCGUGCAGCCACCACCUGGGUAGCGGGUGGUUUCGCUGCCCCACCAGCUGGUAGGGGGCGAGGAAGGGGGAGGGGUGCGUUAUUUGGGCAUGGUGCUGUGAAGGCCAGGACCCUGGAUCGGAGACCCAAGGUGUUAGAGGUGACUGGAUGGGACUCUGAGGAGAAGGAGGAUGUUUCUAGUCAUCUUAAUAGUCUCAAGGGAGUAGAGAAAGUAGAGUUCACAGACACACCCAGUGCAAUAGUGACAUUUGACACCAGGAAGGCAGCGGAAAUGGGCAUCCUGCAUGGUGGCAAGUUCAAAAGUAAACAGCUGAAGAUGAUGUGGCACAUCCCCAAACCUGACUUCAGUCGCAGCUCCAGCACCACAUCUGCUGACGGGGACGAGCAAGAGGAGAUAGAUGAGGAAGCCCUGUUGGCUGGAGUGGAAGAUGACGAGGAGGAGGACGCAGAGGGAGAGGCUGACCGCUCCUGGAGGCACUGAGUCUCACCCUGGCCACACACCCACUCGAUCUGGCGUCAUACGUCCUCAAGCAACUCCUCUGGAGACUAAGCCCGAGCCCCACCCCUGUGUGAUAGUGGCAUCCCUGAAGAGUUUUAAGAAGUUACUAGAUAUACCCGUGUUCACGUCAUAUAAAAACAGACGCUAUUUAUUGUCUUUUAAAAUUACCUUUGUUAAAUGCAUAUCUGCACAAUUGUGCAAAUUGCCAUUGUUGUAAUUGCACAUGUAAAGGUUCAAGGCAUCCAGUUUCUUAAUAGUUUAUACUGUGUGUUUAGGCAUCAUUGUUUAAGCUGCAACCUUGUACAAACAUGUAAUAGCUGUACAUGCAUGUAUUAUAACCAGACAAAUAGUGUGCAUAGAUAAGAGUAAAAAAUAUGCAGAAUGCUGACGUGCAUUGCAGCUGUAGUUGAUUUUUGUGUGAUGUUUUAGGCUUAAAUGCAAGUUUUUAUCUACUGUGUUAAUGACUGAGCUACAUGUUGUAUACAUAAUUGUAUAUUUAAUGAUGCGUAGGAGUCACUUAAUGUGACUUGAUUGUAUUUACUAUAUAGAUUUUGAGGUUCUUUUUGUGCAAAGUGUUCAUGUUAAGACAGCAAUUUGUAAAUUUGAUAUUUUUUUUAUGAAAUCUUUCUGCUUUAUUUAAUCUUAUGAAUAUUAGAUGUGUGAAAGAAUCAUACUCAAACAAUGAAUUUGUAGGUUAAGAAUUUAUUAUAUAUAUAUUAAUUGUGCCAGACUUAUUUUGUUCUCUUUCAUUCAAAUUGGCUUAUUAUACCAGUUUAACACACUUUGAGUAUGUUUCUUACUAUUGCAAUGUGAAUUUGUUGUAUUGAAUUUUCAAAACAAAUGAUGAAAAAAAAAAAGAUAAUUGAAAAAUGACAAAAGAUAACAAAAAGAUUGAAGCCUUAAAAUAUGAUGAAUGAAAAUGUUGUACAAAAGAUGUGGUUAAACCACCACCAAAAGAUAUAGAAAGAAUAAAAAAAAAGAAAAAAAAAAA